GAACAGGGCACUCAACUCUCUUCACACUCUGACAACCCUAACAGUGAGUAACCACUAUCGCAGCGUGUUGAGCUCCUGCAGUGGGGCUGUCCAGGGCUUUGUGCUUCUCUCCAGCCCACUGCUCUCCUCUCACUGCUAUGGUCGUCCACAUACGCGGUUGCAAUUUCAGCACCGGAGACAGCUCUCUCUCCAGCUCCAACCUCAGCACCGUCGCCACUCUGCGGGACUGCCCGGCGCCCCUGAGCCCCGGCGGGCUGAGCCGGACCGGCCACACCGUGGUGGCAGUAUGCCUCGGCUUCAUUUUAGUUGCGGGAAUCUUUAACAACUUCCUCGCUCUUCUUAUCUUCGCCAAGUUUCGCUCGCUCUGGACGCCCAUCAAUAUCAUCCUGUUGAACAUCAGUCUGAGCGACAUCCUCGUGUGCGUUUUCGGCACACCGUUCAGUUUCGCUGCGAGUCUGCACGGGAGAUGGCUCAUUGGAGAGUACGGCUGUAAGUGGUACGGGUUCGCCAAUUCCCUCUUUGGGAUUGUGUCCCUGGUUUCGUUGUCAGUUCUCUCGUAUGAGCGCUACACCGCAGUGCUGUGUUCCUCCCUGGUUGACAUUUCAAACUUCAGGAAAGCCUGGCUAUGUGUUGGAGGCUCCUGGGUCUACUCUCUCUUCUGGACCUUGCCGCCCAUCCUGGGUUGGAGCAGCUAUGGGCCCGAGGGACCAGGUACCACAUGCUCCGUCCAGUGGCACCUCCGUUCACCCACCAGCAUCUCCUACGUAUUGUGUCUCUUCAUCUUCUGUCUGCUGCUGCCUCUUCUGCUCAUGGUCUACUCAUACGGCCGGAUCCUGAUGGCAAUCAGGAGGGUUGGUAAAAUCAAUUUGCUGGCAGCUCAGCGAAGAGAGCAGCACAUUUUGGCAAUGGUGUUGUCCAUGGUGUCCUGCUACAUGUUGUGCUGGAUGCCCUAUGGCAUCAUGGCGCUGAUUGCCACAUUCGGUAGAUCAGGACUGGUCACUCCUCUGGCUAGUGUGGUGCCCUCGGUCCUGGCCAAGUUCAGCACUGUCGUCAACCCGGUUGUCUACGUGUUCUUCAACAACCAGUUUUAUACAUGCUUCGUGGCCUUCGUGAGGUGCAGCAGGGAACCCCGGUCUGUUCAAGAAGAGGAGCUCCCAACCCCGAGGACACGGUUCUCUGGUUCCUUCCCUGUCCACAGACAAGCCUGCCUCAGCUUUUCACAGCGUCAGAUCCUCAGCUGCUCCGGAAGCACUGCCCUCUGCAGCAGACACAAUGAGUGCCACACUCUCGUUGUCCACUACACUCCAUAAAAGAGUCAAUAGUCUAAUAAUAGAAUAAUAAUAGAAUUCAGAGUGCAACUAAAAGACACACAUUUCCCAACACGCUGCUAUUGAUUUUACAUACAAAGAUAUAUUUCACUGUCGACUCUUAUUUAUUUGAAUGUAAAAGUGCCAUAGUUCAGCCUCUGCUUUGAUGCAUAUUUACUACAUUCAAGUACCAAUGUACUAUAUGUUUUGAAUGUAUGCUCUGAAAAUACGUGAAUGUGUUUGAUGCAGGUUUGACCACGUCAAAGCAGUCCAUAGUUCUCUGACAGACAUUCAGAUGCAACAAAUGUCUUUUACCUUUUUAUGUAAAAAUAAUAUCCACCCAUACUUAUCAGUUUCCAAGAAACCAAAACCAUGUACAGGUGUUUUUGAUUUGAAAGUAUCAUCCUAUCUUUUUGUUUCUUAAUCUUUUUCCACAAUACUCAGUGACCACAGCAAACAGGAGCGCUGAUUUCAACAGCAACAGAGCAGUAGUAAUUAUAUUAGUAUAACUACUGAUACAACAAUUACAGACCAUAACUUUUCACUAUUUAUAAAAUGAUCACAUAUUGUCCUGACAACAUAGAGACAAGUUAAGACAAUACACUGAUUAAGUUACUUCUGGGAUUUUCUUUAUUGAUAUUUGGUAUUUUGAGUGUAUUUAUAUACUAUGUACAUAUGACUAUUCUUUGUGUAGCCUAUUGUUUCAAGGCUAAGGUAACCCGGGCUUGUAGAAUAAAGGAACAAAGCUACUAAAAACCUAACCUAGCUCGUAACAUUAAUGGUGUUGGUUUCCUCUCCCUGUGUGAUGCAUUUAGCGUGAUAAUGAAACCUGGAUGAGUGUAUUAUUUCCUGCCUAAGAGGGAUUGUGCUGUGUUUAAACUGACUCACCCAGCCACUGUUUCAAUUCGUAGUUGCUCUAGCUCUUCUUUCCAGUGUCCUUCGUAAGCGCUGGGACUCUGCGAGCCCACUCUCCGUGUUGUAGUUCAGGUUCUAAAAAGGUGUAUUUACAAAAAGCCAGGUUGCGGGAAA